AUGAAUAGUUCUGCAUCACCUUAUAGUGAUAUGAAAUGUAGAAUAUGUUAUCUCAGCACCCAUGCAUCGUGCAGUUCCUCUCCUUUACAGAAAGAGCCCACUUCAAAAAGAUCAAUUGCAUGCUUUUUCCUUGGGAUCAUUGCUAGGCUAUUUAGGUCAUUUUCUUUGGCAGUUUUAAAAAUAUCUGUUAUUUUAAAAGGUUCUCCUGUUAUCCCUCUCGACGAAAGCUUCGAAAUCGAUGAAAAUAUUGAGGUCCAGCCGGGAAAUGAGCUGAUUUCGCCGUGUUCCUGCAUAGGGUCGGUUAAAUGGGUGCAUCGAGCCUGUAUUAAUCAAUGGCGAUAUUCUCAGUUUUCAAAUUUGAUAACAAAAUUCAGUCAAUCGUUAAUAUUUGAUUCAAGCAUGCUUAGAAAUAGGAAUUCCCUCCCUAUGGAAGAGGAGGAGGCUGUAAAAUCGUGUCUGCAAUGGGUAGGAUGGGCAGAGUGUCUUCGACUUAAACGAGUAGUUUUGGAGAGCUUUUCAAAAUUUAUCCCAGAUGUCGAGUAUUCAUCAUUGAAGGCAUCAGCGGCUAACUGGUUUGCAUUGUCUCCGGAUAGCAAUAUCCCUUCCAUUGCUUAUUUUAGCUCGGAUUCGAUUGUUCUGCUUAGAGAUGCAAUUCUUUCUAUUUUUGGAUUGGAUAAUCUAACGGAGCCGCUUAUCGAUGUGGAUGCUGUUCUGAGAUAUUUCCUGCUAAGUACGGAUUCUAUGGAUUCAUCGACUCCAUACCAAUCUCAUAUUUCUGGACACUCCAGAAACCCUGUAAAAAGGCAUCCAUUUUUGAAUUGUGACCUUUGCAGAGCCCCGUAUACCUUUGCACCAACGGUAUGUUCUGCUACGACAACCCCUGAAGCACCAAGCUGCAGUGUGCCUUCCUGUUCAAAAAAGACAAAAAGGUCCACGCGAUGGUCGUUUUUUAACUAUCUCGGGUUCUUCCUCUCGGUUAUUUUUGUAUUUUCUAUGAUAUCCACACUCUCCAAGGUUGCGUCUCAUUUUCUUCCAAAUGCCUCGCAUCAUCAAACCAUGCACUUUGUGCAUGUAAAAACCAUUACUUAUGAACACUAUUUGAAAGACAUAUUUUGUUGCAUCGAAGAACUGGUAUCUCUUUUUCUUAGCGAGUUUACCUUGGAUUCCAGCAUUUCCUAUGGAAAUUUUUAUUAUGGGGCGAAUUUAUCGACCUAUAUUUCCAACGAGUCUCCAUCUCCAAAGUUCCACAAAAUCGAACCUUCAAAUAUUUCCGCAAAUAGCCUUUUCGCACCCAUUAUUUGCUCGAAAAAUAAUUCCAAUCACAAUGAGAGAUAUUUUUUCGGUGAAGACCUGUUCAGCGGUGAUAAAUAUUGUGACGAAACUUACAGCGAUACUUACGGAGGCGAUCAGGAUGAUUUUUUCAUCCAAUCUGUUCUCCAGCUGAUUGUGCUCUUAUUCCGAGGCUUGAUGCUUGUCGUUUGUGGUCCGCCGCUUGUUGCGUUUCUUUUGUGUAGAAUCUUGACGGUUGUUUUACCCUUUGCCUCCAUGGCUCUUUUAUUAUCUCUCCAAGGCCUUUCCUUGCUUUCGCUGUUUUUCAUCGCGAAGGACUACCAGCUGUCCUCAGUCGUUCUUGCCAACAUGUUGAUCUCAAUUUCUUUCCCGACAUCCAAUAUUUUCGUCAUCGUGGUUGGUCUUGUUACUAGCAUUGUUGGCUUGACCAACUUGCUCUAUCUCCUGAUAUUGAUUUCAGACUCCUUUGGAGAGGUAGUAGUUACAAGUCACAAAAAAAACGAAACUGAUAAGCGGGACAAUUACUUGGCCAAUCGAUUUUAUUGGAAUAUUCAAACGCAAUUUUCCGGUUCGAAAGAAAAUCCUCCAUGCGAGCCCAUUAAAUCUGCAACGGGCGUGGCCCUUUCAUUGUAG